GCUUAGAACGCUGAGGAGCUGCUCGGGCUGUUCGGUGAAUGGGCGGGCGAUGCUCGCGCGCACGAGGAGCGGCCGCGAAGACAAGGCAACUUUGUUUUGCGGCUGCGGCGGCUGGUGCUCCUCGCGGCGGCAAUUCCAUUCUCCGCCUCCAGCGCCCGCGCGCCUUCCUGCUCCGGCCGGAGCCGGCAUCGACCAGCAACAGGGCGCAGGAGCAGCCUCUAUGGGGUGUCGAAAACGUGCAAGGUUUUGAAGUUUGAAUGGAAUAAAAAUGAAGAGCUUGAAAGCAAAGUUCAGGAAGAGUGAUGCCAAUGAGUGGAAUAAGAAUGACGAGCGCCUGCUGCAAGCGGUGGAGAAUAGAGAUGUGGAGAAAGUGGCCUCCUUGCUGAGCAAGAAGGGAGCCAGCGCCACCAAACAUGACAGCGAAGGGAAGACUGCUUUCCACCUGGCUGCCUCCAAAGGGCAUGGAGAAUGCCUCAGGAUUAUGGUGACACAUGGUGUGGAUGUAGCGGCACAGGAUGGGACAGGGCAUAGUGCACUACACCUUGCAGCCAAGAACAGCCACCCUGAUUGCGUCAAGAGGCUCCUUCAGUCUAAAUGUUCGCCAGAAGGCACAGAUAACUCUGGGAAAACAGCUUUACACUAUGCAGCUGCCAGCGGCUGUCUUCAAGUAGCCCAACUCUUGUGUGAACACAAGUGUCCAAUUAAUGUCAAAGAUGCGGAUGGGAAUAUACCUUUGCUACUUGCAGUGCAGAACAGCCACGCUGAAAUGUGCAAAUAUCUUCUGGAACAUGGAGCAGACAUCAACUACAGAGAUAAAAAUGGAAGAACUGCUCUGAUGCUGGCAUGCGAAGCUGGAAACCUCAGCAUUGUGGAAGUCCUAAUCAGGAAAGGAGCAGACAUGAACUUGGCAGAUGCACUCGGACACAAUGCUCUUCAUUACUCCAGACUCUCUGAGAAUAUAGGCAUUCAGAGCUUCCUUCAGUCAAAAAUUGUUCAAGAUGCUGAUAUCAAGUCCCCAACAAAGCCAAAGCAGCAUGAACAAGUAUCUAGAUUAAGUUCUGAAAGAAGUGGAACUCCAAAAAAACGCAAAGCCCCGCCUCCUCCUCCAGUCAGUCCUAUCCAGCUCAGUAAUUUGUCCUCUCCUCAUUCAACAACUUCAACUCCAGCGUCUGGGGAAAGCCAGCCAUUCCUUGCUGAACAAGGAUCCAAGCAGGAAGAGAUCAGUGCCAUUCAGUGUGAAAGCAAGGAUGGGAUGAGCGAUAGCACUCCAGGUGCUGAUAGCUUGUUGGACACAAGUUCAGAAACUGACCAGCAAGAUCUUCUUUUACUGUUGCAAGCAAAAAUUGCUUCUCUGACUUUGCAUAAUAAGAAAUUGCAAGAAAAAUUGCAGGUGAGAGCAUUAAAAACAGAAGACAUGGAUACCACUCUGGAUUCUUUUCAUUCCACCCAGAUGGAGUUUGAUCACUCGACAGACAGGCUAAGUGAGAGCUCAGCCAUGGCUCAGGAGAUAAGCUCCUCUUCCCCAAGUUCAGCGCAGGUUCAGGAAGAGGCAGGCAACAAGGAAGUAAAAAUUAGACAACUACAAGAUAACUUAAAGGAAGUGCAGAAGAAGCUGGAUAGUUCAGAAGCGAGGAGGCAACACCUGGAGGCCCAGCAUCAGUCUGGAGCCCUGGAAACAACUCACUUGUUGAACAGCUCAGAGAUUUCGGAGAACGGCUCUGACCUCAAUCAGAAACUGAAAGAAACCCAAAGCAAAUACGAAGAAGCUAUGAAGGAGGUGCUGCAUGUCCAGAAGCAAAUGAAACUUGGCCUGGUGGCAUCAGAAAGCAAAGAGGCUGGCCUGCAGGAGCUCAGAGCAACGUGUGAGGAAGUUGAGCAGUUAAAGGAAGAGCUGAGGAAGGUGAUAGAAGAUGGCGAGAGGCUCAGGGCAAGAGUGAGGGAGCUAGAGGAGAAGCUGGAAGAGCACGAGAGAGAGGCGGUGGGCAAGAUGACCGCAGAGGAAUGCGAAGAGAUGAAAAAUUCGUAUUGCUUGGUGAUUGAGAAUAUCAAUCAAGAGAAGGCUUUGCUGAUUGAGCGGUACAAGGAGGGGCAGGAGGAGAUCAGAAGGCUCCAAGACAAGCUGGAAGCUCAGGCAGAGUUGGGGUGCAGCGAGGAGGAUGAGGAGAUGAGAGAUGCAAAGAACAGCAUGAUUGCUGAGCUCAACAGGCAGGUCAGUGAGCUGUCUCGACUUUACAAGGAAGCCCAAGAAGAACUUGAAGACUGCAAGAAGAGGAGCAUCCCAGAGGAUGCCGGCUUGGAGUGCAUACCUGUGGAAGAGCACAAGAAGCUGAUGGAGGUCACCAUCUCACAGAGGGAGCAAGCCGAAGGCGCAUUGCUGGAAAUGAAGACUCAGUAUGCCAAAGUGUUGAGCGAAGCAACACAACUCCAGAAUCUGGUGGAGUCCCAGAGGAAAAACUCUGUCUCCAUCACGGAGCACCUCCAGGUGGCCACAGCCCUCAGGACCUCUGUGAAGGAAAUGGAGGAAGAAAUAAAUGAGUUGAAAGAACAGCUUCUGCACAAGGAGAGUGAAGUACGGCGCCUGCAGAAGGAACUGUUAGAAGAAGAAGCGGCAGUCUGUGAAGCCAUGGUGCCCAGAGUGUUGUACGAAGAACUCAGGUCUACCUCGGAAGGGGAAGUCAACUCCUUGUCUUCCAAACUGAAGGACUUGAUGAAAGAGAGAGAGAAUCUGUCUGCGGAUCUUUCACACCUAAGGGCAGAAAUAUCACAAGUGAAAGGGGAGAAAGAGAGCCUCCGAGCUCUUCUCGAAACCAAGGAGCAGGAAAUCAAAGGACUGCUUCAUCAGUACCGUCAAGCUCAGGAAGACCUAUUUCAGAUGAAAAAGGCUUCAGAGAGUUUUUCAAAACUAGAAGAGGAGAAAGAUAAAAAGAUAACUGACAUGUCUAAGGAAGUUAGCAAAUUAAAGGAAGCACUGAACAGCCUCUCCCAGCUUUCCUACUCGACUGGUACACCUAAAAGGCAAAGCCAGCAGCUGGAGCUGCUCCAGCAACAAGUCAAGCAGCUACAAAACCAGCUGGCGGAAACAAAGAAGCAGCACCAGGAGAUUAUAUCUGUUUACAGGACACAUUUGCUCUAUGCUGUGCAGGGCCAAAUGGAUGAAGAUGUCCAGAAAGUACUGAAACAGAUUUUGACAAUGUGCAAAAGUCAAACGCAAAAAAAGGGUGAAACUGUUUUUCUUGACCCUUGAUAUGCUGCCACAAAGAUUGAGACUCGAGAUUUGAUUGGCAAACCCCCUGCAGAGAAUUGUCACUGGUCUCUGCCAUGUUUCUUACUUUUUUUUUUGUCUUAACGAGCUUAUGAAUUAUCCCAUCUUCUCCCAUAAAGUUUCCAGAGUGCUAGUUCAAUGACUUAGACGGAAGUGCACAUUUCUUCAAAAAUUGCCAUUACUUUAAAUCAGGGUGGUCAGAGUCUGACCUACAGUAUUAGAAAGUUUCUCAGUGCUUCCUUUGAUUAUGAGUUGGUGCAAACCAUGGAAGUCCCAGCAUGCAUUGCUGCAUUUUGGAUCGAAUAAAUGCACCAUCUGGGGGUGGGGUGUGUGGGGAUGAAUUAUUCAGUUCCUGGUUAUCAGAGGAAGAACCAGCCUUCUAUACAUUUGAAGCCCUCAGAUAUUGGGUAUAAUGAUAGAUACAAUUUCUAUCUUGCCAGUGAAACUUUUGGCCUUGUUAACCGAGAGGAGAAGAAAGCCAACUUCAUUAGGCAAGGCUAACGCCAGCCAUAGUGUGUGUUUAUAUUUACCAAGUCAUGUAUGGACUACAAGAACACCAGACCAAUGAUAUGUAUAACUAGAUGAUGUAAGAGUAGCCAUAUACUAAAGCAGGUAAAUGAAUUCUGAACACAGUUAACUCAGCUAAAAGCUCAGUUUCUAUAUUACGCAGUAGGUCAAGCUAUCUAUGCAAAUCCUUGCAGUGCUAUUGGCCAUGGAGCUCAGGAGAGGAAAAGAAACCACAUCGCUCUGAAUGACAAACAAGGGAUCCCGUUGAACUCAUGAUGUUUACAGUGAGCACUGUUGUCUCACAUUUUCUAACCUCGUUUUUGUAGAAGAUCUUCUCUUCAAUAUAUUUUUAUUGGCCCUCAAGUUUAGAAAUGCUUUUGUAACUAAAGUCAUUUGCUAUGUAACACUUUGCAGGGGGUGGGAAGUUGUCUUUAUUAACAAAUGCUAUAGGCUGUUCUCAAUUUCAUUAUCCCCUUAUCAUGGGGCUUACUAGCAGUUGUAAAAUGCAAUGCAGGUAUUCCCCCAUCCCUCUAGAAAAGAUUAUAUUGCAACAACAGAUCUGCCCUUGCGUCCAUAUAAGAGAGGAUGAAUAAAUUGUUCAUUCUGCUUUUUUUGCCACGUGUUGUAACAACUGAAGCACUGGUGAAGAAUCUAUUUCUCUUUCAUUUCUAGGGACUGUCUGACACAUUAUGUUGAUGCACCAGAGUGCUCCUGCAAAUUGCUUCAGUGUCUUUGCUAUCCUGUUUAGUGGAAAUGAUUAAUGCUUGUAAUUACCUGUAUGAUAUAUACAGGCAGAUAUGGACAGGACCCACGAGGAUGCCAGCAAUGGCAGUGUCUGGCUUUUGGAAAGAGUAAUGUGUGUUCAUUAUAUCCAGUUCUUCUUAUAGCAGAUUUACAUUAUUAAUUACUCUGAACUCUUAUUUCAAACUGAUAUAAUUGCUUUGGCAUCUUCCAGAGUAUCAUGGAGAUUGUAGCUUUCUGACCUUGCUGCAAGUUCUUUGUUAGGGAACCUCAUGCAGAACUAAAAAUCCUGAGGUUCCUUGGCUGGGCAUCAUGACAGUUUUUUUUGUUUUGUUUGGGUUUUUAAGAACAAACUUCUGAAUUUGAUUUAAACAUCAAGUGUAGACAUGGCACUUGCAGGAGCACUCACACCCUGUAAAAACCUAAUGGGGGAAGCCGCCUUUCAAGGAUCAGGGAGCCUAUUGAAAGCCUUUGUGUAGAAUUGGAGGUGUAGUCCAUGUGUUGGAGACCUACUGAAGCCUAAACCACUUGUACUGCACUAAAGGGAAUGACCAUUGUAGUUGGCAUGCAUUUUUUCACUUAAGGCACUGGUUUUACUCCUUGUUGGUGGAGCUGCAGAAAUGUCCAGAAUUCUGUAAUAAGAGGAAACUUAUAGACAGUUCAAUCUCCAGUGCCUCAGGAUUACCAGACUCACCAUGCGUUAAACAGCAGCCCAUCUUUCAACGUGGCCAAACCUAAAUGGAUUCAGAACAUAGGAUAUCUUGGGCCUUGAUCCCCCCCCCCCCGUUAAUUUUUGGACAGUAUUUCAGUUAGACACUUUAAAGGAAAAAUGCUCCAAAGAAAUGUGAAAAACUUUGCAGCGUUUAGAAAACAAAGAAGUCUAAAGUAUGCCAAUAAAUGCUGCCAAGUAUGAAACUCGAGGAACCAUUUUGUAGGUUGCCUGACAAAAACCUUAGCUUUUUACCUUGUUUUGUUGUGUAUUUAUUACAAUUAUUAUUGUGAAACAUUGGAAUUGUACACUAUAGGUUAGUGAUUGUCCUUUGUAUGUAAUUUUACAAAAGUUUCCUCAUUCAGCAAAUAAACAAUUUCUUUUUUUAA